AUGUUGGGGAAUUACUCUAGUGCCACGGAAUUUUAUCUCGUUGGCUUCCCCGGGUCUGAAGAACUACACCAUAUCCUCUUUGCUACCUUCUUCUUUUUCUACUUAGUGACAUUAAUGGGGAACACGGUCAUCAUCGUGAUUGUCUGUGUUGAUAAACGUCUGCAGUCCCCCAUGUAUUUCUUCCUUGGCCACCUCUCUGCCUUGGAGACCCUGGUGACAUCUAUUAUCGUCCCUGUGAUGCUUUGGGGGUUGCUGCUCCCUGGGAUGCAGACAAUAUCUCUGGCUUCAUGUGUUGCCCAGCUCUGCCUGUACCAUGCUGUGGAGACCACAGAGUUUGUAUUAUUGGGAGCCAUGGCUGUGGACUGUUAUGUGGCAGUCUGUAACCCUCUGAGGUACAACAUCAUUAUGAACAGGCACACCUGCAACUCUGUGGUAAUUGUGUCAUGGUUGUUUGGGUUCCUUUAUCAAAUUUGGCCAGUUUAUGCAGCAUAUCAUCUUUCCUACUGCAAAUCAAAUGUGGUGAAUAGUUUUUCCUGUGACCGAGGGCAAGUGCUCAAACUUUCCUGCAAUAAUACUCGUUUCAUGGAGUUUAUUCUCUUCUUAAUGGCUUCUUUUGUUCUUCUUGGUUCUUUGAUCCCUACAAUUGUCUCCUACACCUACAUCAUCUCCACCAUCCUCAAGAUCCCCUCAGCCUCUGGCCAGAGGAAAGCCUUCUCUACGUGUGCCUCUCACUUCACUUGCAUGGUGAUCGGCUACGGCAGCUGCCUGUUCCUCUACAUGAAACCCAAGCAAACACAGGCAGCUGAGUACAACAGGGUAGUUUCCCUGUUGCUUUCAGUAGUUACUCCUUUCCUCAACCCUUUCAUCUUCACCCUCCGAAACGACAAAGUCAUAGAGGCCCUUCGGGAUGGAGGGAAACGAUGCUGUCAACUAUUCAGGAAGUAA